AUGGCAAAGAAGAAGAAGAUGAUACGUAAGCCUGAGAUUCGGGUAGAAGAACAAGUUACUUUGCUGAUUCAGGAUGAGAAGACUCCAUGUUGUUCCGUUACCAAGGGUUUGGUGAUCGAAGGCCCUGCGUCUGUUGCAUUGAAUGAUGUGGAUGAGGUUCGAGAUGAGGAACCAUUAUGCAGAGAUGGACGGAAAUAUGCAAGGGUAGAUGCUGAAGAGGUCAAAAUUCAAUCAGCGAAUUGGAGUUCGGCAGUAAUCUGUAUGGUUCUUGGUGCUAAUCCCCCAAUGGCUAUUUUUGAAGGGUUCAUUAAAAGGGUUUGGGGUCAUCUAGGGAUUGCUCAGAUAGCUAGAAUGACAAUGGGAUUGACCAUGGUCAAGUUUAAUGAUGAUGCUACGAGGGAUCAUGUUCUAGAAAAUGGUAUACUCCAAUUUGAUAGGAAACCUGCUAUCAUUCGCCCAUGGACUACGUAUCUUAGUGUUGUUUGCCUUGUUCGUUCAAUUCCUCUAUGGAUUCGUUUACACGAGUUAGGGCUUCAGUAUUGGGGAAGUAAAUGUCUUAGUGCUCUCGCGAGUACGAUUGGUAAACUGAUAAUGGUUGACAAAUUUACUAGGGAGCGCUCAAGAGUUCAAUUUGCUAGAGUUCUUGUGGAAAUGGAAGUUACUGAUAAUCCCCCUAGAAGCAUUCAGUUUCUUAAUGAGCAUGGUCAAGUUAUGGAACAAGGGGUGCAAUAUGAAUGGUUGCCUAUUAAGUGCAAGACUUGCUCUGGAUUUGGUCAUUCAAUGAUGGAUUGUCGUAAAGAGCUGAAAACUCAAUGGGUCAAAAAGGAUACUAUUGCAAAAGAAGAGGUGAAGGAUAGGAGGAGUAAAGAAAAUGCAGAACCUGAAGCUGUGGAGCCUGCGGUCUUGAUUAGUACAGAAGUGGAAGGGGUUCAGGUCAUCACUACUGAGGGUUCUCAGCCUAAACCUUUGGCUAAAGCUGUUGAAGAUAAGGGUUCUCAGGAUAGUAAACAUUGGCUCACUCCCAAACAUGUAGCUACUCAUUCUAAACAAGGUCAGGUUGGAGAUAUUAAUGCUAAGCUUUCAGGGCCAAGGCAAAAGAAGUUGAAUAAAUUUGAGGUGCUUCAAGAGCAAGUGAAUGGUAGCAAAGAAGAUGGUAGGAGGAGUUUAUGGGAAGGGUUACAAAGGUUAUCUCUCUUGGAUAAAGCGUGGAUCAUCUUAGGGGACUUCAAUGCCCCUUUCUCUGGUAUGGAUAGAUCUGGAGGGAAACCUAUUUCAGCUUUGGAGUUGGUUGAUUCUCUCUUUGGGUUCGAAACUGUUCAGAUUCUACAAUUUUUGGGCAAUCAUCUUGACUUCAAUGAGGUGGUUAUGAACAGCUGGAGGAUUCCUAUAAAGGCAACUGGUUUAAGGGCUAUCUACUUAAAGACUUCGAGGCUGAAGCAUAGAUUAAAAAGUUUUAACAGAGAAAAUAUUGGUGACAUUGGGUUGAACUAUCACAAGGCUAAGGAGAAUUACCAAGAAGCUCAACUUCAAGCUCAAUCUCAUCCUUAUGACUAUUGUUUUCAGGAAGUCGUGAAGGAAGCUGUUGCAGCUUUUUCGGUUCAGGAGAAAAUGUAUCACAGUUUCUUAACUCAAAGAAGUAAAAUAACUUGGUUAAGGCAGGGAGAUAUGAACACUUCUUUUUUUCAUGAUUAUUUGAAGAAGCGUAGAGCUGAAAAUGGUAUUGUUUCCUAUAUCAUGGAUCAAGGUAAUUUGGUAGAUAAUUUUCCUGAAGUUGUUUCUCACUUUGUUGAGCAUUUCAGAGGCUAUUUGGGGAGCCCGAGUUCUGCUACUUGCACGAUAAAUUUUCAGUGUAUAGAGGUGGGAUCCAAGCUCUUAGUUGAUCAGCAACUGAUACUUUUAAAACCUUUUUCUCGUAAGGAAAUUCGUGUUGCUUUAUUUGGUAUUCCUAUCACUAAGUCCCCGGGACUUGAUGAUUUUGGUUCUGGCUUUUUCAAGGCAGUUUGGCAGGAUAUAGGGGAUGGAGUUUGCUCAGCCAUCAGUCAGUGCUUUGACAAAGGGAGGUCCCCUUCUGAGCUUCUUGAAACUACUUUGUCUCUGGUCCCUAAGGUGGCUAAUCCAUCCCGGGCUAUAGACUAUAUACCUAUAGCUUGUUGCUCUACUUUGUACAAAUGUAUUGCCAAGCUUUUAUGUUCGAGAAUGGCUUUAGUCCUUCCUGAGCUCAUUCAGUUGAACCAGGGAGCCUUUAUUAGGGGUCGUUCUAUAGCUCAUAACAUCAUGAUUCUUCAAGACCUUAUCAAAAACUAUGGGAGGGCUUCUACUUCACCUAGAUGUGCAAUCAAGAUUGAUCUAAGUAAGGCUUAUGACACAGUAGAUUCGCAGUCCCUAAAGGAUCUAUUAAGGGCUCUUUGUUUUCCUAUGAAAUUUAUAGGAUGGAUUAUGGUUUGUUUGCGGAAUACUUCCUACUCUUUGCUCAUGAAUGGUAGAGUUCAAGGCAAAUUGAAAGGCAAGAAGGGGCUGCGGCAAGGGGAUCCUAUGUCUCCUCUUUUGUUUAUGCUUAUAAUGGAGUAUUUGACUAGGAGCCUUCAACUAGCUGCUCUUAACUCUACUUUCAGAUAUCACCCUAUGUGCAAAAGCCUUAAGCUCCUUAACCUUUGCUUUGCAGAUGAUUUGAUCUUAUUUUGUAAAGGCACUCAUUCAGCUAUUAGCAUUCUUAAGGAGGUUCUUGUGGAAUUUAGUGCUGCUUCUGGGCUCUCUAUAAAUACUACAAAAUCUCAUAUAUUUUUUGGAGGUGUCACUGCCACAGAGAGAAUGCAUAUUGCUCAAGAGAUUCAACUCCCUGAAGGUUCCUUUCCACUUAAGUACCUUGGGGUGCCUAUGAGGACAACUAAAUGGAAACAUGAAGACUGUGAAAUUAUUCUUCAGAAAAUCAGAUUGAGACUUCAGUCUUGGACUAGCAGGCAUCUUUCUUUUGCUGGCUGA